AUGUACAGUGGCGUUGAUGUUGUCAGUUCUGGGGGCGCUGAUGUCUGUGCCACUAACAAGCAUGAUGAUGAUGAGGAGGAUUUAAAACUACAGAAGGCCAUCGAAGAAAUGAGGAGACUUGAUGAUAUUCUCUCACUUAAGACUGUUCAAGGACAAGAAUCCAAGCGACAAAGAAGGGAAAUUAGAGAUAAACUUUGGCAAGAACUAUUGAAUACACCAAAAGGACGCUCUGAAUGUGCCCAUGAAGCUUCAAAUACCAGAUCAUUCUUAGCUCUCAAUGCUCCCACAGCAAAAGUGCAUAAAGAAGAGUUGAACUUUGAACCAGUUUUUGAAACUGAAGCCCCUGAUUGUGAUGACAGAAACUGUGCGAAUUCAAGGAGCAACAGAUCUGUUGACAAUGUAGAGUCAUCACCUGAAACAGAUUUUCUGGAGAUAGAGCAAGAGCUUUCUAAAGGAAGCCAUUGUGAAGUUUCCAAAGUCAAGAAAAAACACAAGAACUUUGUCAAGAGAAACAUUGAGUUGAUAAGCGGUGAAGGGGGCCAAGAGGUUUUGACUCAACCGGAGAAAGAUCGUCUAGACGAGCUCCUCCGAGAAAUAGACCAAGAGGAAGAGGACUGUGCCAGAGGUGCAGAUGCAGAGGAUGACUUGUGGGCUGUGUCAGUCUCCACUGGGCAAGGAUACACCCCAGAGCCUCCUGACCUCAAGCAGCUUCACGACAUUGACUCCAGGAUCAGACUUCUACUUCCUCUUGAAGAAUUUGCCUCUUUGCAAACGUCCUACUCAAAUCUUAGUGAGUUUCAGGGCUCGUGGGCUGGCUGGAGGACUGAGGGAGAGCUGCUGCCAGGAGAGAAGGCCCUGAAGGACGAGAAGGAGCGGAGAGGGCAGGAGAGACGACUCCAGGAGAUUCAACAGCAGCUGCACAGCCUGCGCCACAGCCAAGACGUGAGUGAUGAAAGCCCAGGUCUGACAGAGGAGCAGCUGCUGAGUCUCCUGGAGGACUGUGAGCUUGCUGAAACCUGGACCAGAGACAUCGAUGUGAAUGACUUUACUCCACGCUGACAGCACCU